AUGUGGGAAGAAGAGAAACUGGAAAUGAAACAACAGGAGGAGGCAUUACGGAAGGAGUUGUUUGAACUCCGCCUCAAAUAUGACGAACUAUGCACAGUAAAUGAUAAUCAACGGCGACAAAAGGGAGAAAGCCCUCGACUAAAAAUGGUGCGUACAGGAGAACUUCAACAUCGAAUCGCGUCAAUUAACGUCUAUGUGGAUCAACUGAAGGCUGAGAAGGAACAACUCGUCAGGGCUGUCCAGUCACUUGAGAGAGUACUAAGCAAUUAUCCCACCAACAGCUCUCUUAGUACCUUAAACGAUAAAGCGUCUUCACAGAGGGGUGAAAUGGCUUCAACAGAAGUGUCACUUACAAAGGGGGGUGAACGAAAAGAAUUGGAAUUACUGGAAAGGGAUGGCUACAGUUUUGAAAGGCUUCUUGCUUCCAGCACUAUGUGGCAAGGUGGAGUUAACGCAUUGGACGAGGAGAAUGGGGAACAGAAUAAUGCGGUGUCAGCUUCACAACUUUCUCUUCCAAAAGAGUCCAAGAAGGGCCCUUUUCUGAUUGUGACAUUUCAGCGUGAUAAAUUACGUGAACGACUCUUGACUCUAAAUGAGGUGGUUUCGCCACAGCUCCAAAGCUUGGAGUCAGAGGUGGUAAAUCUUUUUAGUGAAAACCUUGCGCUCCGUCAGCGCAUGGCAGGCUAUGCGGGUGGUAAUGCCCAUCCUGGGAAUGACUGUGCGUCUAUUUAUGGCUUUCCAAUGCUGGGAAGCAUGGAGAAGGAUGAUGGGCUUCAGCCAAAAAUGGGGAUUCCGUGGCUUGUGGACCCUGUGGCCGGUGUUAUUUCGUGUCGCACGGUAUUAAACGUGCUGGACUACGGCGCUGGUGCAUUUUCUCUGUAUGUGUUUUCCACAACUUUUGGGAGGCGGUUGCUUGUCAUGUACAUGGUCGUUUUGCACGUGUACCUUGUAUAUUUAUUCUUCCUGUGA